AUGUUUUUAGACUUUGACACACUUAUAAAAUUGCCAGGAAUUUCUACAGAUAAUCAAUUUAUUGAAAAGUUGAGAGCACAAUGUGAUUUAGGAAAAAAAAUGUUUGCUGCAGAUUCAAAUUCUAUAGAAGCCUAUUUAUCAAUUAAAAGCAUGGGGGCAUCAUUCUUACAGCUAGAAGAAGUGUACAGACGAAUUUUAGUUAUUCCAAUUUCAAGUGCUACAGCUGAAAGGAGUUUUUCUACAAUGAGGAGAAUUAAAACGUAUAAUAGAUCGACCAUGACCGGAAAACGUUUACGCAACCUAGCUCUGCUAUCGAUUGAACGAGAAAAAAGUGAAGAGUUAAUACAAAAUCCAGACGAAAUUUUAAAUGAAUUUGCUAGUAAUAAGUUAAGAAGGUUAAAUUUUUCCAUGUAA